GCAUUUCAAACCGAUUACCUGAUUAGUUCGAUCUUGAACUUUAUUUCAUGCUUGUAUCAUACAGUUUUACGUGUGAAGAUUGACUUUAAGAAAUCCAACCAUGCUUUUUUUUCAAUUUAUUAAAGAGACGCACAGACCGCAGUUAUGUUUGAUUUUGGCAUAUAUUCAAUAUGCGUUACUUUAACUGUUUUUUUUUCAAUACUCAUUAUACUUGAGUAAAAAAAAAAAAAAAAUUUUUUUUUUUUUCAAUCUCAACUUAUAUAAUUUAUUUUAACCAUUUCCUCCUUUUACCUUCUCUUUAUUUAUUUUUUUACUAAACUUUCUACUCUUUAUUUUCACAUAUAUCCUCUCUUUUAUUUCACAUUUAUAGUGUAUUUUUAUGGCACUCUAGUAAAAUUUUUUAUCUCAACAGAAUGCUUACACACACGAAAACAAAUAUAGAAGAGGAUGAAAUCAUUAUUAUUGAUGCAAGUAAUAAGUCACAAUAUAUUUCUGAUAAAUUAACUUCUACUAUAUUAGAAGAAAGGGUUAAAGCUGCUGCUAAACUUGAAGGUGUCUCAACUGACAAAAUAUUAGCUAGAAAUAAAAAAACAAUGAUCACUUCUAAUAAUAAUAAUGUAUCUAAUAAUGUAUCCAGAAAUAAUGAUAGAUUAUCAAAAGAAUCUGGAAUAGGUUCAAGUGUUGGUAGUUCAUUUGACGAGAGAGAUGAUGAUAUGGAUCAUAUUUAUAAUGAACAAUUCACUUCUUCUUCUUCUCAAUCUACUAUAAACACUUCCGUUUCCACUGAAAAUCCAAAAUUAUCCCCUGUAUUAAAUCAAUCAUUAGAUGAUUUAGAUGAUACCUCGACAAAAUCUCCAAAUGAUAAUAAAAAUCCUCUUGGUAUAAUAACUGAAGAGGAAGAAUUAUAUAAUAAUAAUUUAAAUAAUAAUAAUAUUUCACAUUUGAAUCAUCAUCAAGAUAAUCAUAAUAAUAAUUCCCUUUUUAAGAAAUACCAUCAAAAUAGAUUAACUGUUUCGGAUUCAAAUUCUGAAGUAACUGAAUCAAGUACAUUUAAUGAUACUGAAUCUUCAACAUCAGGUGGUGAUCCGGAUUCUCCUGCUUUAUUGAAUAAUAAUUUACCUUUACAAAUUAAUAAUUCUACAAGAGUUGAUUUAGAUAAAAAGAAAAGUUCUUACAAAAGAAAAAAUUCUGGUCGUUCAAUAUUUAGUGUAUUAUCUUCAAGUUCCUUACGUUCUUCAAGUUCUUCUUCUCUUCAAAGAGGUUCUUUAUCAGAUCCUGAGGAUUCUUUUCCUAAUCAUCAUCAUCAUCAAAGAGCUGCCACUCCAGGUUCUCCUUCAAAAUCUGAUCGUAUAUUAGGUCGUUCUGGUUUUUCUUCAUUAUCGAUAAGGCGACGUCGUUCUAAACAGAUAUUAUCUCUUGCUUUAUCUGAUGGUAGUAAUAAUAAUAAUAAUAAAAUCUUGACUUCUGGUUUAUUAACUUCUAGACCUGGAUCUCCUGAAAAUUCUGAUAACUUAUCUAAAGCUGGUAAAAUUUUGGGUUUAACAAUUUCUGAAGACAAAAUUUUGUUAGACAAUAAAGUAACAAAAAAAUCACGUGAUGUUAAAACAACUUCUUCUUCUUCAGAUGAAAAACUUUUUUCUUCAACAAAAUCUUUUAAUAAAAAUAAUUUAAAUAAAGCCAACAAGUUACUUGGAAUUAAUGAUAACAAACCAUUAUUGAAUAAACAAAGUAAAGCGAGUAAAAUAUUAGGUUUAGAUGAUAUUGAUUUAAAUAGAAGAUCUCCUUCAAUGUAUAUUGAUAGAGGAAGUAUAGAAAGUCAAAUAACGGUGGCAAGUAUAAGGAAGAAUGUAAUAUGUAAAGGAUUUUUAACAAAACAUACGAAUACACAUUUUAAAUCAUGGAAAUCAUGGAAAAGAAGAUAUUUUAUAUUGGCAAAAAAUACUUUAUAUUGUUUUAAAUCUUCUGAUAAUAGUUCUCCAUUAUUAGAACAAUUUGAAUUAACCUCUGAAAGUGUGGUCUGUGUUAGUGAUACUUUUAGUGGUAAAAGUUGGGUAUUACAAGUUGGUAAAUCAAAUCAUUCGAAUCAAAAAUCUUGGUAUAUACAAGCUGAUAACGUUGAUGAUAUGAAAGUUUGGUUAACCGAGUUAAAAUCUACUGUAGUAAAAUGUAAUAAUCAUGCACCUGAAACUCCUAAUUCAGCUGAUAAAUUAUUAUAUAUUGAUGAUGAUGAUGAUGAUGAUUAUGAUUAUGAGGAUGAUAUAUUAAGUAAUGAAAAGAUUCAUCAAAGAACUUUUUCUUCUCCUAGUAAAUUGACUAAUUCUCCUGAAUCUUCGUUAAUUAAAUCUUCAUCUUCAAUUGAUGAUUAUUCUUUACCUCCUCCUCCACGUCCUUUUAUGAUGACUUCUUUACCACCUCCUCCUCGUCCAAGAUCUGCUCCUUCUUCCCCUUCUUGUCCUCCUUCACCAAUUACUUCAUUAUCUCCACCUCCACGUCAAAUAUCUCCUCUUAAUCAUAUUCCUUCUGAUGUUGAAGAAUUAUGUUCAAUUAAUAAUGAUGAUGAUCUUGAAAUUCCACGUUCCUCUUCUCCAGUUGAAACAUUAUCCCCUCCAAGAGCAAGACUUGGUAAUUUAACACAUCAACACAAUAGUUCAAUAUCUAGUACAUAUUCAACUGCCAGUGUAACCUCUUCACCUUUAAGAAACAAACAAAGAUCAAAUUCUGCUAAUAGUGCAUUAUCAAUUAAUACUACUUUAACUUCAAUAAAAAAACAAUCAUCACCUCGUCAAUCACCCCUUUCAUCUCCUUCAGUUAAUAAUUCUCCUAGAAAAUCAACCCGUAGUUCUACUACAAGUAGUCAUCGAGAAAGUAUACCGAUUAUGAUGCCAUCUUGGGGUUUAAUGAAAACUACUUCCCCUACUUCUUUAUUUGAUAAUUCUAAUAAUUUCUUAUCUCCUCCACCACGUUCCUUAUCACAUCUUCCUUUACGUAAUGUUCAGCAAUUGCCUUAUAAAUCAUCCGACUUUUAUGCUCGUUUACCAAGUCCACCUAAACUUCCAGAAGGUCCAAAACCUCCUGCAAGGGAUAAUGUUAAAGUUCCUUUAAUUAAUCCUGAUCUUUAUUUAACUCGUAAUCCUCCUCCAAAUAUUCCUUUACCUCAACCUCCUCCUCGUCCAGCAAAUACAUUAACUUCUGCAUCCCGAGUUGCUUCACGUAAUCAUCCUCCAAUAUCAUUACAUCCGCCUCCCCCAAUACCACCACCAAGAAGACCAAGUGCAGAUGGACGAAUGGGAGGAAUAGGAACAAAACCUUCUAUAACAAAUUUGCCAGUACCUAUACAGAAUAUGAAACAAGCAACAUCACCACCACGAGAAAGAGCUUCAAUUUAUGAUAGGACUAUGACAUUACCUAAUAAUUUGCCCUCACAUCCAUCUUCUAAUACAAGAUUAUCCGUUAGAUCAAAAUCUCCUCCACUUUCAGUAUAUUCUUCUAAUUCAUCAAGAUUUCAAACAAUGCCAAUUAAUAUUGCUCCUUUACCUCCUCCAACUCGUCCUCCUAAUAUACCAUUACCUCCUGUGCCUACUCAAUCACUUUCAGUUACUAAAAUUAAUAAGGAGUCAACAAUACCACCACCAAUUGAAUUUCCUGAUGAUGAUGAUUUAGAUCCUGAUUAUGCUGAUGAAUUAGCUGCUUCAAGAAUUCGUUCACAAAUAGUAAAAAAUGCAAGUAAUUUAUCAAAUUCUGAUACUUCCCAACAAUUAUUCGCUUCUGGAUUAACUUUUGUUAUGGUUGAAGAAACUCUUGGUGAUGGGGAAUUAGUAUUGGAUCUUCAGGAUGUUAGUGAAGAUCAUCCUCAUAUUAUUAGAUCAAAAUCUUCUCAAAACAAUAUUCGAAAUGAGUUAAUAAGGAAUGAUAAGGAAGAGAAAAAUACAAAUAAAAAAAAUAUUCCAAUAUUAGAACAAGAAGGAAAUGAAAAGGAGAAUUUAAAGGAAAAAGAGAAGGAAACAGUGGAAGAAUUAGAGGAUAAAUCAGUAAAAGAAAAUUUAGAGAAAAAUGACACAAUUAAUGAUGUUAAUGGACAUGUUAAUAAUAAUGUUAUUAGUAAAAAUAACAUUAAUAACAUUCCAUCUUCAAAUAUGUCUAUAUGACAAAAAAAAAUUUUUUAGUUUAUUUUUAAUUUAUUUGUAUUUCUAUUUAUUGGGUUGGGACGAUAUCAAUAUUAUCAAUGUUGCUAUUUUAUUUUAUUUUUAUUGG